AUGACUGACACUCGUGUUGUCCCUAGUGGAAAGGUGUAUCGCCAAAUAUUUGAUGCUCAAGUCCAGCUGUCAUUGUCUCUUCAUGACACAAGAAGGAGGCGUAUUAACGAGGGAUUCGUGCACGAUGGUGGGGCUCCCACGGGAAGGGAUGGAGACACUGCAUUGGAUCAGGGUAUCAAGGAUCAACCUGUGGUCACUCAGUGCUCUGGUGCUCUGACAAAACGGGACCAGAUAUUUUCAGGGAGCAGAACCACUCAGAGCUGUGAAGACCAGGGUGAUGAGGAGGAGGUUCGUGGCCUACCAGAUAAUGUGGUCUCAGAGAGGGCUGGCUCAGACAUCGUUGAACGACUCAAUGAGAAAAAGCAGAGGGAUUACAUGGAAGCCAUUGCGCAGUUGCACCAAGAUCUUUCUAUUCUCAGUGGGAGAUAUGAGCCAUUAGUCAGGCAGGCUGGAGAGGACAUCAUCCACAAACUAUCAGAAUAUGAUGAUAACUUGGAGAAGCUAAUGCAGAAGAUCGAAAAUUUUUCUGAAUUAGAGAUCCUCAGUUUUCAGGAAUUGCAUGAAUUCUGGAACACUGUUAGCCAAGAAUUCAUAAACAGGAGAACAUUAAUUAAAGAACUGGAUGAAAUCCUUACCAAAUACGAAUUUGAAAGAACAGCCAUGAUUUCACUGUUAUUAAGAAAAUACACAAGGAGACUGGAGAGGAUUAGUUACGUGAUGCCCUGUGAUGUCCACCGACUGAUUGAUAAUGAAGCUAUGGUGAUUAACCAGGCUGUACUGCUGAACAGACGUGCAAUAGGCAGACUUUAUUUGAGUUUGAUGGAAAAGAAUUUGCAGAAGGAGGCUUCUUACAGAAUGAGAUGGGAAGACAAACUUCAAGACUGGAAGAGAAUCAAAGUGCAUUCUGCAGUCAGUCGGUUCAGAUACUUUAUGGACAGUGAAAAGAUUCAGAGCCCUAAAGACAUUCGAGAUACCCUGGAAACACUGCAAACAGCACAGCGAUCUCAAAGUGAACAAUGCAUUCAAAUUCUACAUUCACUCAGAACACUGACUCCACCAAAAUGCUCAAAGUCCUUAGUGACUGAAUGGUACUCCACUCUUUCUGCGCUCAAUGAACAGAUAGACUGUAUGCACAUCGAUACAAUAAGUAAACUGCAUAAAUAUUAUGAGCACAACUGGCAAGAUUGUCUGGAGGAGGUGGAACGCUUCAAGGAGGAAGUAGCCAAUUAUGGGCUCACUUUAGAGGAAACACAAGACAUUGUGAAGACUGAGUUGUUACCCCUGAUUGGAAAAUGCCAGACCAAAGCAGAAGAAAGGUUGGCAGCAAUGGAUAAAGCUUUUGAGGCUUUGGCCAAGAAUGCUGCUCAUCACAGCAAGUUGCUGUUUAAAUUUAUGCGGGCCGCUGCUCACCUUUGGGAGGUGCAUACUUCAGGCAUGCAAAAGAGGGAGAAGGAGCUACAAGACCAGAUGGAGGAAAUUUCUCAGAACUAUGAGCAGGAUGACCAGAGGAGAGAAGCCCAUUUGGAUUUGAUGAUGGACAAGCUGAGGCAGGAGAGCUCAGAAGAGGCUCUCAAAAGCAUGUUGGAGAAGACUCUUCACUGUCUGGACGAAAGUCAAGAAAAGGUGAUGGUGUAUAUGACCUUCUACAAGGAGAAGGCUGACAGCGUAGAGUGUUAUCCAUCUAUGGUCUUGCAAGAGUUAAAUUCCUACAGUUCAGCACUCAGUCAGUUCUUCGGCGUUAAAGAAGUAUACUACCAGGACUCUGAGGAACUUCACAUAGUCCAUCCCCCUACAGACCUAGAGAGGAGAAGGAAGAUGACAGGAUCAGGGAAAAAACGCUCUCUUAGUAACGGGCGAAAGUCCAUCAGUCCGAAUCUUGGAAUCACGCCAUUCAUCUCAGAGGCUGACCUUGACUGGCCUCAAGAGUUUCUUGACUCUCAGGCUGAGGAGACUUUUACAACUGCAAAGGGAAAUUUGUAUCACUGCCAAGGCUUUGUUACAGAGUGCAGUGGAGAGCAGGAGACUGUCUCCAAGGAGGCGGAGUUGGCUUUGUUCCCUAUGAGCCUCCUGAGCGAGAUACAGAAAGAUGUGCGAAUACAAUUCUUCAGUCAUCUUGAAGAACGAUACCACACAGUCCAAACUAACACCCUGAACAUUGUGGAAGCAAAGACAGAGGAACUAAAAUCUGAACUGGACUUACGGGUCCAUCUACACCAGUCUCGAGCCCAGAGGAUCAAGAUGGACAUUCACGAUGUGCGAGCAGCUGAACUGAUGCUGCAUCGGGACCGUGUAGAGCGACAUUACAAAGGCGUCCUAAAAGCUUUGACUGAUUUGCGAACCGGCGCCCAUGAACUGCUGGUCAGACAGCACAAACUGACCGAGGACUUCCGCGCUCAGACAUACAGCAUGAAGGACACCUUCAUACUCGCCACCAAGUCUGACAUUUUGAUUAAACUUCAUGAUUCACUGCAGUCGAAACUGGAGAAGCAUAUUAACACCAUCCAGAUAUUACAAAGGAACUUCAGACAGAAAUUGGAGAUGAAGAUUGAGGGUUUAAGAGAAUCCAACGCACAACUUAUGAGAUCUUUCAAGUUGUUUUCUGAUGGGGGAAAUUUUACACCCAUGGAGAUCCAAGUAUUCCAUAAGCGAUUAGAGAAACUGGUCAAAUGCAUCAGUUCAGUGGAAGAGGCCAUCAUGCAGGACAUGGAAGGAACAGAGUCCAAGUCACUGGAGCAGGCGAAAGAGAUUGUCAGCAGGUUUGAGGAAAAAUUUCACUUUCUGACAGUGGAUCUGAAAUUCCUAGAAAAAAUCCAAGGGAUUCUUACAAACACACAGAUCCAGAUCAAAGCAGAGGUCACCAAUAGCAACAUGCACAAAAAAAAGAUUUCCCAUGUAUUACAUGAGUUAGAAGAUGCAGUGGAUGCCUACGCCCAUCCUGGGUCCAUCAAAAGGGCAGUAACACAAGAUGAUAUUUUCAAUCUAACAACCUCUGUGAUAGAGGAAUUAAAGAAGAGGUGCCAGUAUCUUGAUUGUUUUCUGGACCCCGCUAUGUUGGUGCAGUGUUCAGACAGCCCCCUCCAGGGAUCUUUUGCUGUGGCAGCUCGACCCAGGUCACGAAAGCAAGAUAAAGGAUUGGACGGACUUCUCCAGCCCAGCCGCAUGGGAGUGCCAUUCACAGAUGAUGCAGCUGUUGGAGUCGUAAAGACUUUGCUACGGAUGACUAAACCUCAUGCCACUCAGGAUGCAAACUCAGCAACCACUGAUAGAGGCUCUGCAGCAGUCACAGGUCAGAGAUCAGGAGAAAGCCCCAGCCAGUCAGGAUUGGACAGCCUCCGCCGGAGAUCUACUGAAUCUGUCACUGUACACAGUGUGAAAAGAUUCUCUAAACCUACACGAUCUGAUAAGAGAUUCCAAGUGUUUGGCUCCAAACCCGAGGCACAAACUGUUGUUACCUUCAAAGGAUUUGUCACCAGUGUCCUGUGGAAAACCAAUGACAUUCUCCUUUUAGUGGCUGAGGAGUUCUACAAGACAAAGGAGCGUCGCCCCAUUUCACGACCACAGUACCUGCAAGAAACGUUUGAACAGUGUGCGGAGGAGGUGAACCGCCGGCUUCUGAAGUACCAGAGCCAAACGCAUGAUUAUCACAACAGCUGCUUACAAGAGUUCCGGCAGCAGCUGAGGGACUGUGAGAAUUGUUUAAAGAAGGUUCCUGGGGUGCUCUUCUCUAAAUUUGGAGAUCAUCACCUGGAGGCUUUGAGUCUUAGCAUGACAGCCAUCAGACAGCAGUUUGACCAACAGCAGCAGCAGACUGAGCUACUUAAGAAAGAACACAGCAGUCAGCUGCGUGUUAGGUUAAGCCAUCCAGCUUGUGAGAAGGAACUUGAGAGGUUAGCCCUGGCUGAAGAGGAGAGGCAAAGAAAACAGACCCAAGGAAUUCAAAACAUGACACUGGAGCUCAAGGCUUGUCUGAGGAAACAUGGAGAUGAGUUUGUGACUGCUUUGGCUUCUUCGGUAGAAAACAUGCUCUUCCAGAUGGAUAACCUCCUAACCGUUGACGAAGUUCACGUGGGCCAGACUGAUGUAAAGAAGAAGAACAUCACAACACUUGUUCGGCAAAACCAAGCUGCUGCUUUUCAGGAAGAGGAAAAAAAUGCAACCCUGACACAGAGAGGAAACAGGACCUGGCCUGGUAUCUGUUACUUUGAUUACACUGAUGCUGAGUCGACAGAACCCCAGUGCAGGGAGACAGCCAGCAUCACCACAGUUAAAACCACUCAGGUGCACCUUAGGAUCAUAGAGGCCCGAGACACUGUGUACCAGCGCUACAGGCGGAAGAUUCUGGAUGAACUGGCCUGUGUGAAGAAGGAGAAUGACGUCCGGACGACAGAAACACUUCGCUGGCAGAAGCACUGGAAACACCAACUGACAACUCUUUCUAAGAUCAACUCAGAGUGA